GCUGUGAAUUGUGGGAGUAUGCAGUAAAUCCAAGAUGGCGGCGAGCAGAAGGCUGCACAAGGAACUUGACGAAAUCCGCAAGUCUGGAAUGAAAAACUUCCGCAACAUCCAAGUUGAUGAAUCCAACAUUUUAACUUGGCAAGGCCUCAUCGUUCCAGACAACCCCCCGUAUGACAAAGGCGCAUUCCGGAUCGAGAUCCUCUUCCCUGCAGAGUACCCCUUUAAGCCCCCCAAAAUCACAUUCAAAACAAAGAUCUACCACCCCAACAUCGACGAGAAGGGACAGGUGUGCCUGCCGGUCAUAAGCCCAGAGAACUGGAAACCCGCCACCAAAACCGACCAAGUUAUCCAGUCUCUGAUCGCACUGGUCAACGACCCCCAGCCCGAACACCCCCUCAGAGCGGACCUCGCAGAAGAGUACUCGAAGGACCGGAAAAAAUUCUUUAAGAACGCAGAGGAGUUUACAAAGAAACAUGGCGAGAAAAGGCCUGUGGACUAACUAAAUGCAGCAGUUUCCCCUUUCCCCCACUGUAUAACACCCCCCAUUCACCCCUUUACCUUGCCUCUGCCUCCCACCUUUAUCCCUCCCUCCUUAAAAGAAAAACCAGUAAGCCCUUACCACCCGCUCUCUCCCGGCGUCACACAGAAUACUCAAGUGAUUAAGUAGCAGCACCUGAAGUCCCGCCCAUCAGUAAUGCUCCUCCCUCUCAACCCAGGCCCCUCCCACUCUUGUACUGCAGGUGUCUGUCAAAGCAGGUUUCACUUCUCAGCAUUAGCUUGUUGCCGUUUCCAACUUUAUACUGAUUUCUGAAAUGAAACGAAAUUAAGAGGAGGGAAAUAAUGUUGCAAAGCAGGGACGGUGAUGAAAGCUAAAGGCCUUGGGAGGAAAUGGUGUAAGGAAGAAAAAAAGAAAAUGGGGUUGGUGAUUUUUGACUUAAAAUAAUUCUGUUCCUCAGAAUAGUGUACUGCUCGCUGGCUCUCUGUCUGUCUCGUUCUGGCUCUGUCUGGGUUUUUGUUUUUCACACAUACAUGCACUGGGCAGAGAGCUUUGACUGUUGUUUUGAGCAGGAAACCCAUGUCGAGGUAACUUUUUAAAGCAAUUUUUUUUUCUCUUUCUUUUACACUGUCUGGACCCACCAAUGUUAUGUUUUUGUGAAUACUGAAAUUCAGUUAUUCAAGCUCAUUCAUGCUCCCAUCACUAUUGCUAUAAGAGUUGUUAAAUGGGGGUGUUGAAAAGGUUUCUUUUAUAUUUUUUAUUUUUCUGUCAUCUUUUAUGUUUUGGCCUAGGUUGCACUGUACUGUGUGGAACUGUGUGUUAUGUUCUUCAUAACUUCAGUUUGUAAGUAAUUGAUUAUUCAAAAAUACACAGAGUAAUCACUGUUACUGAUAACAAUGUUUAAGAUAAAAAUGAAAUAAGAAAGAAAAAAGAA